AUGGAGAUUGCACGCAGCAUUCAGAUGGGCACUAUGUACACUGACCUGUCUAUUGCGAACCCAGGUUCUGAUGCCGCAGCCGUGAGGAUCAACACUCUCAUCAAACUUUUGAAUAUUUGCUUCCACGCUGAUAAUUUCACUGCCUUUGUUGCUCUCAACGACAGUAAGGGACGCAAGGACUAUGAAGAACAGCCACUCUCAGAGCAGGGAGUUAGCGGAAAUCCCGUGAAAGACUUUUGGCUUCUUGUCUCAGACACGAUGAAUGAGACGGAUGAUGAUUCAUUUGACACCGUCUUAGGAUUGCAAGAGGGAGAAAACGACAGGCUCAGUGCAUGGAACCAAGAAAACGGUUUCAACCUUAAAGAUAUCAGCCGUGGCCACACAUUCAAGACGGUUAAGCAACAUGUGUGUGACUUGAUGAAGUCACGCGAGAGAUGCCGCAUGGAAAUGAAGAAAUCCGCGUUUAUGAGCAACGAUUUGAAAAGUGACUCUACGAUUGAAUUUGCCGGGAGCGCCGAUUCCGCUGGUAGCAAAGCUGGAAAAAUGGCUGUAUCCGCCGUGGUGGAAUACCUUGCCACCGCCACCACGAUUUGA